AUGUCUCCUUCGUCACAGUUUUCAACACUGCAUAAGGACAUCGCAUGGGGCAUCUUAGCCCGCGUGCCGAAACGCUUAUACCCAAUCCUCGCUUGCCUCUCCAAGAACUUACUCUCUCUUGUUCGCUCGCCGAACAUUCACGAGAUCCGCUCUUCCCUUGGCAAAGACUCUGUCUACAUCUGCUUCAUGCACAAGAAUGAUGAUGGCGUCGAGGUCCCACGUUGGUUCACUCUCCGCAGAACUGAGAAUGAUCAGUUCGUCUCUGCCGACGACCUCGUGUUUCCUGAUCAAGAAGAAGAGCCUUCCAUCAUCGCUUGUGGUCCAGAGAUUUUCUUUAUCUCCGGAUCAUUUGUUCCUUCAUCAACCGUAUGGAUCUUUGACACUCGAACUAACGAGUUUCGUCGAGGACCAAGCAUGAACGUGAGACGCUCCUUCAAGAGCGUGGGGUUAGUAGGGAGUAAGAUAUACGUGGUGGGAGGCUAUAGGAACGAUAAGAUUCAUCAAGCUGAAGCAUUCGACGUGAAGACGCAGACUUGGGCACCAGCACCAGCACCGAGUCCUGUCCAAGAAAGGUUGGCUUUUGCGACUGCUAAUGUGUCGUUAGACAGGAAGGUUUGUGCGUUAUUGUCUGUUGGAGACAUCACUAUUUGCUACGAUCCUAGAGAUGGUUCUUGUGAGGUCUUUGAUUUGCCAAAAGAUGAGUGGUGGGGGACUGGCGUGUGUGUGAUCGACAAUGUGCUCUACGUUUAUUACGCUAGUUUGGGGUUGAUGUGGUAUGACACUGGGAGGAAGCUAUGGAGAGUGGUGAAUGGUUUGGAUAAUAUGAAGAAGGUUCGGUCUGUUGCGAUGGCAGAGUACUAUGGGAAGAUGGCGUUUUUAUGGGAAGAUUCUGCUUUUGUUGGUUGUGCAAUGAAGGAGGUUUGGUGUAGGAUGAUUGGUUUGGUUAGGAGUGAAGGAGGAGGGAUUGUUGGGGAUGCAGAACCGGCUCAGCUUAUGGGGAGUGUCCCUAGUGGCUAUAGGUUGCAGCAUUGUCUAUCAGUUUCUGAGUGA